CCUGCUUUCUUAGUAAUGGCAAGCCAUAGAAGAAAACCGAACAAACGAUGGUCUGCAAGUCGCUUAAUGCUUUCUUCUAUCUUUUUCUUUUUGUGUUCCUCAACUGUAUAUUGCUAUGCUGGAGAUACUCUUAAGCAUGGCCAGUUUAUUGUUUUGAACAAAACUCUUGUCUCCGCUGGGGAAAAGUUUGAACUGAGAUUCUUUACCACUACCAGCAUUAACGCCACAGGCCCCCAAAGUUUCGUUGGAAUAUUCUAUCAUCAAUUGGAUAGAGAUUCAGUUGUAUGGGUUGCCAACCGGGACAACCCAUUGCCUGGGAAUUUCACUGGUGUUUUUGGAAUUGCAGAAGAUGGAAACCUCAAGGUAUUGGACACCGCCGGGAAUGAAUAUUGGUCUACAGGUCUUGAGAAUUCCUCCUCUACAAAUCGAACUGUGAAGCUCAUGGAUUCUGGAAACCUAGUAUUAAGCGAUGAUGAUAGCAUGGAGACGAGUCCAUGGGAGAGCUUCAAAAAUCCAACCGAUACUUUUCUUCCAGGUAUGACGAUGGGUGACAAACUGACAUUAACUUCAUGGAAAGGCAAAGAUGACCCUGGAAGUGGGCGAUGCACGUUUAAGUUAGAUCAAGAAACAGAGAGCCAAUAUGUUGUCAUAAAAAAACAAUCCGUGUACUGGAAAAGUGGGAUGGCAAGAGGUAAGUUCCCGAGCUCGGAUGACAUAAUUCUUCCUGCCAUAGCCGACCUGUUAUCCAAUUUCAGCAAGAGCGGCAUACCUGACUAUCUGAAAAACCCAACAAAACAGCUGCCGACUAAUCGAAGUUUAGAUCUCACAAGGCUGGUAAUGAAUAACAAUGGGCAGUUACAGUAUCUGACCUGGAAUGAGUCGAAACGCAAUUGGUCUUUAAUAUGGUCGAAACCGGAAGACGAAUGUGGCAUUUAUAACUAUUGUGGGAAAUUCGGAAGCUGCAACAUUAAUAAUUGGCCUUUAUUAUGCAAAUGUUUGCCGGGGUUCAAGCCUAUUAACCCUUUUGAUUAUUGGGAGUCGACAGAUUUUUCUGUUGGCUGCAUCAGAAAUUCGGCAUCAACUAAUCUCAGUAUAUUCUUGAGCUUAAAGAACAUGAAAGUGAGCGACCCCGACCCAAAUUUAGGUUCCAAUGUAGCAAAUGAAACAGAAUGUGAAACGAAAUGUCUUGAAAAUAGCCAGUGCGUCGCUUCUUUAUAUCAGGAAGCUGAAAACGGCACGCGAAGAGGUGAACGUGACAACAACUGCUGGAUUUGGAAAGAUCUUAUAGAGAAUCUUCAAGAGUAUCCGAACCAGGAUCGUAACCUCUCUGUUCGCGUAGCAAAAGCUGACAUAGAAUCAACUGCAAGGAGUUGUGAGCGUUGUGGCACAUAUACGAUCCCCUAUCCCUUGAGCACGGGACAAGAUUGUGGUGACCCCAUGUACUUCUUUUUCGACUGCAACACCUCGUCAGGCCAGGUUAGCUUCAAGGCACUCGAUGGCUCCCAAUAUCGUGUUGUUGGCAUCGAUCCAAGUACACGAAAAUUUGUCAUCCAAGUAGAAUAUCCUAAUGCUACAAAUUCAACCAUAAAACCGUGGUUCAAUGUGUCAUUGCCAUUUAUUUCGAACGACAAGUUGAUUACUGGGGUAGACAACAACACUGAUCAAUUCGAAGGCAGAUUGGAGGCUUCUAGAUCACAAAGGAAAAAUAAAGUAGGCGUACAGAUUUGUCGGAAGCCACCAAAGGAGCCAACCUGUACUUCAUCCACGGACUGCAGGGAUUGGCCAAAUUCAACUUGCAAUCCAACAAGAGAAGGAAAGCUGAGGUGCCUUUGCCAUCCAAACUUCCGGUGGGAUGGCUCAAAUCUGAAUUGUACCAAAGAAGGUGAUUUUCCUAAUUCUUCAGAACAGCCUUCAACGAGAAAGAUUCCAUUGCUUCUGAUUGUUGUGUUACCUCUUGCAUGUGUGACUGCUCUCGCUUGCAUCAUUAUUUUUAUGUAUAUAAGAAAGAUGGCCAAGAGGCAAGAAGUGAUAAGGGAGAAAAGAAAACAAGCACUUCACGCUUUGGACAGUGAAAAACAUGUCAAAGACUUGAUAGACUCGGUUGGGUCCAUAGAAGAAGAUGGGCAAGGCAUAGAAGUACCCUUUUUUGAUUUGGAAUGCAUACUAGCCGCUACAAAUAACUUCUCAGACGCAAACAGGCUCGGGCAGGGGGGCUACGGACCUGUUUACCUGGGUAUAUUUCCAGGAUGUCAUGAAAUUGCCGUAAAGAGGCUCUUAAGUGUAUCACGACAAGGCUUACAGGAAUUUAAAAAUGAGGUGGUCUUGAUUUCAAAACUCCAACAUAGGAAUCUUGUUAGACUUCAAGGAUAUUGCAUAAAUGUAGAUGAAAAGAUUUUACUCUAUGAGUACAUGCCAAACAAAAGCUUAGACUCAUUUAUAUUUGAUAAAAAUCUAAGCAUGCUUUUGGACUGGAAGAUUCGCUUCAACAUUAUCUUGGGAAUAACUCGAGGACUUCUUUAUCUUCACCAAGACUCUAGAUUGAGGAUCAUCCAUAGAGAUCUGAAAACCAGCAAUAUUCUUCUUGAUGAGGAGAUGAACCCCAAAAUAUCUGACUUUGGUUUGGCAAGGAUGGUUGGAGGAAAAGAAACUGGGGAUAACACAACCCGAGUAGCCGGAACUUAUCACUAUAUGUCUCCAGAGUACGCAUUAAAUGGAAUUUUCUCAGUCAAAUCCGAUGUUUAUAGUUUUGGAAUAGUUAUCCUUGAGAUAAUAUGUGGAAAAAAGAAUACAGGAUUUUAUCAAUCAGAAGAAGCCAUGAGCCUUGUAGCUUAUGCAUGGAGAUUGUGGGAAGAAAACAGGGUGUUGGACUCAAUGGACCAAUCCUUGCGGGAGAGUUGGAAUGUUGAUCAGUUCUUGAAGUGCGUUAAUGUUGCAUUCUUAUGCUUACAAGAAGACCCAAGUGACCGCCCCACCAUCUCAAAUAUCAUUACCAUGCUUGACAGUGAGACUGCGACAGUUCCAAUUCCUAGACAACCAGCUUUCAUUCUUAGAAAAGGCCUGCCUAGCACAGCAAGUUCUUCGAGUCGACCGGAGACACAUACAGAAUUGACCAUUAGUUCAGGAGAAACAUCAAUAUGA